AUGAUCGCCAAAACCUAUCCCGUCAAGAUCUUUACGCCGGCGCCCAUGUUGGGCUAUGGCUAUGAUAUUGUCGACUUCUGGACGAUUAUCAUGGACGAACGCACCCGUCCGGACGCCAUAAUCAUGGACAGCGGCUCCACGGACCCCGGACCGUAUAUGCUCGGCAGUGGGCGCACAAUUGUCAGCAAGCAGGCAUUAAUGCACGAUCUGAGUCCGGUGCUCGAAGCCUGCGCUGACUUUGGCAUCAAAUUGUUAAUCAGCUCCGCUGGCGGCGCCGGUACAAAUGAGCAGGUCAACUUCCUAGUCGAUGUUGUGCGCGAAAUCAGCGAGAGAAAAGGUUACAAGUUCAAAGUCUCAACAAUCAAGUUCAAGAAUGACCGGCAGGCGAUUUUAAAAAAGCUGCAGGCGGGCGCUAUAACACCGUGCGGGCCUGGACCUGCUUUGAAGGAGGAAGACGUGUUGAAUGCCGUUGCCAUUGUCGCGCAGAUGGGGGCUGAGCCUUUCAUGAAAGCAUUGGAAGAUCCAGAGGUGGACAUCAUCAUCUCAGGACGGUCAUAUGAUCCAGCCCCUUUUGCAGCGUACAGCAUGCACCGGGGCGUCCAUCGCGAUCCAGCGUGGCAUAUGGGGAAAAUUGUCGAGUGUGGAGGACAGUGUGCGGUACCCAAAGGCCGUUCGAUCCUGGCAACCAUGUAUCAGGAUAGCUUCGAGCUCACACCCGUCACUCCAGGCCAGAGAUGCAUCCCCCGCUCCGUCGCCGCACACACCAUGUACGAGAAAACCCGCCCUGAUAGGCUCCCGGGGCCUGGAGGGGUCUUGCAUCUGAACAACGUACAAUUCAAGCAGCAAGCGGAUAAUCGGUCGAUCUUGAUACACGGGGCGACGUUUGUUCCUACCCCAACAUAUCAAAUCAAGCUCGAAGGUGCCACCCAAGUCGGCUUCCGUUCAGCCUUUAUCGGAGGCAUUCGAGACCCUAUCCUGAUACGAGGUAUCGACGACUUUCUCGAACAGACGGUCCGAGCCAGGACAAAAGCGGCGUUUCCACUCCUCGGUGAAGCCGCCGGUCCACAGUUAAUAUUUCACAUAUACGGGAGAAAUGCUGUAAUGGGCCCACUCGAACCGGCCACCACGAUUCCCCAUGAGAUCGGUGUCCUAGGUGAAGUCGUCGCUGAGACCCAAGAGGAUGCCGAUGCGAUAGCAGGACUCGCUAGAGUCAUGGUUCUACAUGCUGAAUAUCCAGGGCAGCUGGCAACGGCGGGGAACUUCGCGUCUCCCUUGACGCCAUUGGAGCAGUCUGUGGGACCGGUGUACAAGUUCAGUGUCUAUCAUCUCAUGGACGUCGAAGACCCGCUCAGCUUCUUCCCAAUCGAAAGUUUCUUCAUCGGCAGCCCGAAUGAUAAUAAGACCAAGCCUGUACCCUCAGAGCGACCGGUUCGCCGGGCCGAAGAUGUCGUGACAACCCUUCCAGAGGCUCCAAGGCACAACAUUACUAGUUCGCGACCUAGAAUCUCUGACCUAGCAGCCGUCGUCCGGUCAAAGAACUCCGGUCCUUACGAGAUAACACUAGACAUUCUCUUCGACGACGCCGGGAUCUGGAAGCACGUUCGUGAUAGUAACGUGCUCACCCCAGAAGCGAUGAAGAGGCUCUACCGUCUGGCUGACGACGACAUCUUGACGUGCAUGUUUUUUGAACCAGCUCUCGGGUGGAAGUGUACAUUUAAGCGGCCGGCUAACCAGUUACAGGGCAGUGUUGGUGAGAGAGAUACUUUCGGGACCCAGCUGCAUGCACCAUUGCUGGAUGUUGAGGUUCCGGCAUUGAAUUUAGCAUAA